AUGAAAGUUCUAGUGCUUUUGGCUUGUGUGGCGCUAGUGGCAGCCCGGCCCGAGCCGCCAGUUGGCGGGUACAGCCACAACCAGGGCGGACACUACCAUCACGGGGGUGGCCACGGAGGCCACGGUGGCUACAGCUACCAGCAGCCGGCUGCGGCGCCCGUUCCGCUCCUGCACUCCGGUUCGGUCGGCCAGUUCUCUGGCUCGGCCGCGGCCGCAGCCAGCGCCAGUGCCUCGUACGACACCCAAUCUCUUGGUGGAGGCGGCGGCGGCGGCCUAUCGAGCUUCUCCGGUGCCGUCGCUGAUGCCGGUGCGCAGUCCUUCGGUGGCGCAGUCCAAGCGGAGUCAUUCGGUGCUCCCCAGCAGCAGAUCGUACAGAAGCACAUCUACGUGCACGUGCCGCCGCCGGAGCAGCAGCAGACGUUCCACCAGACGAUCAGCGCGCCGGCCCUCCGCCAGAAGCACUACAAGAUCAUCUUCAUCAAGACCCCCUCGGUUGAGUCGCAUGCCGCCCAGCUCGCUCUCCAGCAGUCGCAGACCGAGGAGAAGACCAUCGUGUACGUGCUGGUGAAAAAGCCGGAACCACUCGCCGACAUCACGCUGCCCGCCGCUGCCGUGUCGAAGCCGAGCAAGCCGGAGGUGUACUUCAUCAAGUACAAGACCAACUCGGAGGCGGUCGGUGGUGGUGCUGCCACCGGUGCUUCCGCUGCCGGCCUUGGCUUACUAUCGUCCAGCGGUUCUGCGUCCGCCAGUCACUCGCAAUCCGUACUCUGUUUCCGGGGCCAGAUUCGGGUGCCAGAGCUUUGGUACUUCUCCAGUUGGGAAUACUCGCCUGCACAAACAUACGGCGCUCCUGGUGGUCAUGGAGGCUACCACUAAGGCGAGUAUUACUGCAUUCGACCGGGG